UAUCAGCUAAGUUGUGGACACAUUGUGGAGUUAUUGAUGCCUCUUUAACCAAUGUGCAUGGUGUGUCCACAGAGAGGAGGAGAAAUGUACGCUCAGUUGAAUGUGAAAGCUCUGUCAGGGUGUGUUUGUAAACACUUGGAGACAUUUACGGUGACUCUUGUGUUGUUUUUCUCCAUAGCUAUGUCAUAUAACUCCUCCCUACUUAGUCCAGUUGUAUGUCUGUCAAAUCAUUGACGUUCAACAAGUCCCUUGGCAGGGAAUAGAAAAGCCUGGUUUAGAUGUGUUUGCAUGACUCGCAGCUUUUGAGCUGGUUGUCUCGGCCUGCGGGUGACGUGAACAGGCCAGAGAGGUCAUCAGUUUGUCUAUGCAGUCCCUCCCUCCAUAAUGAAAUCAAAUCCUACAGCUUUAGGAUAAAGAACACCCUGUGUGCUUUGACUGUUGAAGUGACAAGUAACGGUGUCAAAACUCAUGCUUGUUGUCUUGCCGAGAUCUGAGUAUGAAGACUGUUGAUAGUUUUGAGCUUUAAUUUUGAGAAAAGACGAGAAGGCCCACCCCACAAGUAACUAUGUUAAAGUAUCCCUGAGCAAGAUACUGAUCACACAGUUGUUCCUGAUGUUGCGUCAUCAAUAAGUCAAUCAGGUGACAAAGUGUGCUCUGAUUGCCUUGAAGUUCCAAGAGUGUUAUACAAAUAAAAGCCCAUGGGGUUGCAAUGGGAGGUAGUAGGACUGCGCACACCAGCAUGUCUUCUCUAGUGUCCUUGGUGGCCCCUAUCCGUCUCCCAGCGCAGCAAACCCUUUGUCAAUUAGUUGCUGAUUUGACCCCACCCCCUGCCCUCCUUGAUGCCUCUUUCCAAGCCAGCAGUGUGUGGCCUUCUUGUGAUCCAUGUCAGUUGCAAUCUGGUGGUGGUGGAGCUCACAUGUAGCUGUUGUGCUCCAGCUGUGCGCCACACUCACACCACAGCAUCUCUCCCUUAAAUGCAGCAUCACAGCUAUGGGUAGCCAGUGGCCCCUCAUUAGGCAUGAGGAAGGCGAGCUGGAGGAGGGCGAAUUGGAGGACGAUGGGGGAGAUGUGGUGAUGGGAGGCGACGCGUCUGCCGCAGGAGGAGGUGGCGACGGGGCCGGUGAAGCUGGUGGAGGAGAUGGAGUGGCAGGAGACGGAGGUGGAGAGCGGCCCCCGCGGAGCAGGGAGCGCCACGCCAGCAGCGAGACGGACGAAGAGAGGUCGCACCGUCGCAAGCGCAAGAGGAAGAAGGAGCGUGAGCGUGAGAAGAGGAGGGCCAAGAAGAAACGGAAGUCCAAACACAAACGUCACGCGUCUUCCGAUGAGGACUACUCAGACUUCAGCGAUGACUCCGACUACUCUCCCAAUGAGAAGAGAAAGUACAGAGAGUACAGCCCCCCCUACCCGCCUACCUCUCACGGGGGCUAUGGUGGCUCAAAGAAGGGUGGCUACAUGAAGAUGAAGAUGGACAAGCAGGGCUACGGUGGCUACGAUGACUAUGAAGACGACAACUAUGAAGGAGAGGAGGAGGAGGACAUGGGGGAUGAAGAAUACGACGACUAUACCAAGGAGCUCAACAUGUACCGCAAAUCCAAGGAGGGCGGCCGGGGUGGACGAGGGGGCAGAGGCCGUAUGAAGAACAUGAGAGGCCGUGGCGGAAUGAGGGGCGGUCGGCGAGGAAGAGGAGGGAGCAGAGGCAGAGGAGGACGCGGUGGAAAGAUGGGAGACGACGAUGGAGAUGGUUAUGGUGAGGACAUGGAGUAUGACGACGACUAUGACAACAUGGGGGAGGAUGACUAUGAUGACUAUCAGUACAAGAAGUCCAAAGACAGAGGAAGAGGUGGCAGAGGUGGUCGAGGGAGAGGCAGAGGGAAAGGAGGACGCGGCAUGAUCAGAGGCAAAAUGAGGAGCAGAGGGCGAGGACGGGGUGACAUGGGCAAUGAUGAUGACAACAAUGGAGACAUGGACAACGGGGAUGGAGGAGGGGAUGUUGGACCAGGAAUGGGGAAGAGGAAUCAGCAUGAUAAGAAAGGAAAAGCCAUCUGCAAGUACUACAUUGAAGGCAGAUGCACCUGGGGGGACCAUUGCAACUUCAGCCAUGACAUUGAAUUGCCCAAGAAGAAGGAGUUGUGCAAGUUUUACAUCACGGGAUACUGCGCUAAAGCAGACCACUGCCCGUACAUGCAUGGUGAAUUUCCCUGCAAGCUCUUCCACACCACAGGAAACUGUGUCAAUGGUGAUGAGUGCAUGUUCUCCCAUGACAACCUCAACGACGACACCCAGGAGCUGCUCAGCAAGAUGUUAGCAGAGGAUGCAGAGGCUGGAGCAGAGGAUGAGAAGGAAGUGGAGGAGCUGAAGAAGCAGGGCAUCAACCCUCUCCCCAAACCCCCACCCGGUGUCGGCCUCCUCCCCACCCCUCCUCGCCCUGUGCCUGUAGACGGGAAUGGCGGGGCAGGAGAUUUUGGCCCCGCGGCCGGCGACUUUGGGGGCGUUCCCGUCGCCAACCAGGUGUCCAUUGUCCCCAAGGCUCCCUCUGAGCCCGGGUCAGUUCCUGGUCCUGUCCCCUGCAUGGGUGGUCCUCCUGUGCAAAACCCUGAAGCAGUUCCUUACCAAGGAGCACCCAUGAACCCCAACGGGCCCCCGCAACACAUGGGCCCCCCUCCUGCUGGUGGUGGCGGUGGAAAGAAGAUCCCAUCCCUGUUUGAGAUCAAAGUGCAGCCGACAGGACAGCUCGCUCAGAAACUGGCUGUUAGAAGCCAGACACCCAGUAGCAACCAGGCAGCGACCCCCGCACCUGGGGCCCCCCCGACCUGCUUCCCCACCCCGCAAGGCAUGAUGUCCCCUGACAUGCAGAACAUAGGCCCGGGGAUGAACCAGGGUCCACCUAUGAUGGGGGGAUUUGCGUCCGGGGAUUGCCCUCCACAUGGGGGUGCUAUUCCUCCUCAGGGUGGAGGGAACUACUUCAACACUUUCUUCAAUCAGCAGGAGGGAAUGAAGAUGGAAGGAGCUGUGGAAGAAGGAGGCAAAUUUAGCAACCAAGAGGAUGCUGCCAAUGGAGCCAAUCAAGGAGGAAUAUCUGUCUCUGACCUCCUCCCCCCAGCACAACGUGUCCUCUUCAUGAGAAUCCAGCAGAAGCAGCAGGAGGAGGAGGAUCGUGCCCGCCGCAUGGCCGAUGGAGGCACGGAGAAGAGCAGAGAUGCUGAAGACUCAGGGAACUGGUACUCAAGCGAGGACGAGGAUGGUGGCGGCAGCGUGACGUCAAUCCUGAAGACCCUCCGACAGCAGACCCAGGCUUCUCAAAAGUCGGACGCUCCAAGCGACCCCCGUCUCCAGAAGGCGUCUCCUGCCAAUCCUCCGGCUCGACCCGCUGACCCCCGCUUGGCUCGCGACCCUCGUCUGGCCCGUGCUGCCGAGUCAUCUCAGAGCUCUGACUCCACCCACCUUGCGUCCCCUCCUUCUUCGUCAGGGCCACCUGCAGAUCCUCGCUUAGCUCGUUUGGCAGCCGCCUCAGCAGGCUCUGCCCACCUACCUGCCGUCUCCAAACCAGAAGCCCCUCUGGUCUACAAACCUCCGCCUCUUACAGCUCCAGCAGAGGAGGAGGAGACUGAGCGAGUCCUUCGGGACAAGCCUGUGCCGAUUCCUUUGGACCCACUCAUGGGCAUGGCUCUCAGAGAUCCUCGCUCACAGCUGCAGCAGUUCAGCCACAUCAAGAAGGACAUUGUUCUCCACAUGCCGGCUUUCUCCAAAGCCAUCACCUGGUCGCCUGAGGACCUCCUACCCUUACCCGUCCCCAAACAGGACCUUCUACCACUUCCACCAGGCAUUCCUCCAGUGCCCCCCCUUGACCCACGUCUGUCCCGCACCCAGCAGCAACUCCACUCACAGUCUCCCCCCAGAGUACCCCCUCCUUCCUCGGAACCCCCGGCCCCCUCGUCAUCAUCCUCCCUCCCAGACUUUGAGCUUUUGUCUCGUAUCCUGAAGACUGUCAACUCCAGCCCCUCCCAGUCCUCCUCACCGCCUCUCCCCCCUUCCCCCAUGGCACUGCUGGGACAAACUCCCCCUGCUCCCCCUGUACCCACAGAGAAGCCAGUUGAUCCUCGCAUGGUGCGCAAAGCCCCUGCAGACCCCCGCCUCCAGCCCCAGAAGUCCGCCCUCAAGCAGCCGUCUGAACCUGCCCCCCCUGCUCCUGUCACCUCUGCAGUGUCCACAACUGGCUCCCCGCCGCAGACCAUUGCCCCAUACGACCCGCGGCUCCUCUCCUCUGGAGGAGCAGGGCGCAGUGGUGCGCCGGGGCCACCAGGGGGAGCCAGUGUACUGAGCAGCAUCAGUCUGUAUGACCCAAGGACUAACAAACCAGGGAGCCCUGGUACCGCAGCUGGCCCCAACAACUCCCCCAACUCAGCCAGCACCGAGUCCCGACUUGGGGACUCCACGACGAGUAAACCCAAAUCCAAGGAGCCUUUGUUUGUUCGGAAAUCUGCCUUGGAUCAACCUGAGCCCGAGAAGAGCGGAGAGCAAGGCACCGACAGGUACAACAGCUACAACAGACCCCGGCCCAAACCAGCGCCCUCGCCCAACUCCACUGGCCAGGGAGGACCCGCCAGCACUGGGGGUCAAGGUGCUCCCGGAUCCCCUGCAGACCAAGCCGGCGUCCACAACCUCCCAGUGCCCUCUCUGUUUGGCGUCGUGAAGCAGGCCAGCAAGACCAGCGGAACGGGCAGCCCAUUUGGAGGGAAUAGCCCGGCCCAGUCGGAGCAGACCACCCCAGAGCAGGACAAUGGCUCAUUGAAGGAUGUUUUCAAGGGCUUCGACCCCACGGCCUCUCCCUUCUGUCAGUGACCCUCAUGGGCAGAGGACAUGUUGUUGAGCCAACAUGGACACACACGAGUGUGAAAAACCUUUGGGAUGUGGGAAAGUCAAAUGUCUAUUUUAAACAGAGUUGUUAUUAUUCGAUACACUUCUAACAGCACAACUUGCGUUUUAGCAUCAGGUCGUUACCUCACACGUCUCGCUUCCACAGUUUAGAUUUUACUUUGGAGAAUCAUCACAAUCUUUGCUUUUUGUCAGAACCUUCCAAGUCUUUUGGAAACUAGGAGAAUGACUACCAUACGACUUCAAUGAUUAGUUUAUUAACUCAACAUGUUUUUAAUGUUUGCCACAUCAGCAACAUCUCAUUUGUCUUUGUCCAUUCUUUCCUGAGGAAGGCCACAUCAACUCACCUUUCACCCUUUUGUCCCUCCCAUCCUACUGGACCAUUUGGUACAAACAAAAUUUUUCUCUAAAAGUAGAGUUUGGUUUCCUCGCUAAGGUGCACAGUCGAGCCAGCUGAGGGCUGAGAGGUGCAUCGGUGUCUCAGCUCUUAGCCACUUUUGCUCUGAGUGGAAGCCGUAAUGUCUGUGACAUUCUCGCAGGCAGCGUGACAAUCACAAACAUAAAUUUAUUUUACUGCCAGUCAGCAUCAAGGACACACGUCAUUGUCAUCUGGACAGAAAACGUCUCAAUUUGUGCACUUCCAUAAUCGGCAUUGUAUGCACCGAAAAUGCUGAGUUCACUUAUUUAAUAUGGAAGAGCGCAAAUUUAGACAGACCUGAGCAUUUGGAGUCCAUUCACUUUGCAACCAAAAUGCUAAGUAUGGAAGUGCACCAGUUGAUACUCAACAUUUGUGACGGCUUAGAACAAACGAGUGCAGCAAACAAAUCCUGGCCGCAUCAUGUGGGCGGAGUUUGGGACAACCUCCAGCAGACAGGACUUUGUUGUAAAAAUAAUAAUACAAAUGAAAAAAUUGUCCAUUUUUAUUUAUUUUUAUACCCAAAUGUAAUCUUCUAUACUUGCCAUGUGUUGAAUUGUUUCAUACGGGAUUCCUGCUCAUCUGAGUAAGUCAACAGGGGGAGAGAAAAUGUAUAUUUGUUUGUUUUCUGUCUUUCAAUGGAGAGGGGGCAUCCAUGUUCUUGUUGAGUUGCUCUUUUUUUCUAUGGCUUUGUAAAUUUGCUUUCUUUUGCAAAAAUACCAAUUUGACCCGUUUAUUGUCUGUGGAGGGGUGGACUUUUCUAACUGUACACUGUAGGUGAGUAUUUAAAUAAAGAUACAAAUAAUUCCACCAGAUUCAAGGCGCUUGUAUGGCUCCAUAUGAUGGUUGUGAUUGUUUCGUUUUAUUGAUGAUAGUUGGAUACCAAAAGUCUGCCUUUCCAAAGAUAUUGCUUCUGCGGUUGUCAUCUUUUGGUCACCUUUUUUAGCUCUGCAUGAAGGUCUUUGACCACAAAGUGGCAUUCAACAGCAGACAGGAACAUGAGGACUCCACAGGAUGGGCUGAUGCUGAGGUAACUAAUGGAAACUCUGCUACAGUUCCAGUGUCUUCUCUUGUGUACUUUAUGUGUCAUUUCAACAGGCGAGGACAUCAUGCAGACUUUGCCUUUGGAUCUUUUGUCUCUGGUGGUGUGCUGCCCGCGUCCUGUUCCUUGCCGUGAUCCCUCACUGGACACUUCCUGUUCCCCUCCCAUCCUGCUACGCUGGCUCCAGUGGGACUGGUGAGUAUUCAUCCUGCACCCCAGAGAUUUCCGCUCACUGCUGCGUGUGUUCCUUCUGGAAAAGUCCACUGUCUUAUUGUAGAUAGACCCAGUCGGUACACCUUGGCAUAUCUCAUGAGAGCUGCAUCACAAAGUAUUUCUAAGAUGAAGAAAAGUUGUCUAAGAUGACCACUAUGUAUCCUACUGGCCAGAGCUGGCCCUAUACCCAAAGUGGUGCCCUGGGCAGGGAUUUACAGUCACAAAACAAAAUUUGAAUGCCAUUGCUUUUACCUUGUUUUUCAUUUAUAAGAUAAUGUGUCCAGGUAAAUGGACGCAUGUCACGCCGUGCUGUAUCUUUGAUGGGUAAUCUUCUUAGCUGAGCUACCUGUUGGGAGCGUACUUAUAUUUAGAACAUGUGAGCCUCUUAAGACCUCUGCCAGGGAUUUGACGAUGCUGUUAAUUGCGGCCCUGCGGGGGCCUGCGCGCCAUCAAAGGGAAAGCCUUGGUGCAAUGACCCAGAGUGCAGAGAGUUCUAGCAUAGCUACAAUAUUUUUUGCCUUUAUGCAAUGAUGGGAAGUGUAAAGUGGGUGGGUGUCCUUGGGUACUUCUGCCACAAAAAUAUGCACAUUCACACAAUUUUUACACAUUUUUUGCCUAAACGAAGCAACUAUACAAAUGGCUAAAUGACGUAAAAUACUAAUAUGAGGCAUUCAGAUGUUGUGGUGGUGAUAUGUAGUAUUCUACACUGGUCACUAGGUGUCAGUAAUGUUGUUGUACUCUCAGGUGAGACCCGCAAGCACCAGACAAAAGGCUUUUAUUGCAGGGUUGGAAUGAUCUCACAAUAGGACACACACAUUUCUUAAAUGGCAUAUUUUCUUAUGUCUACUAUAUUGGUAUAUUGUUAGGAAGACCAAGUAGGAGGUUUAUGGAUGUAGUGAAGGAGGACAUGAGGGAAGUUGGUGUGAGAGAGACAGAUGCGGAAGAAAGGGUUGGAUGGAGGCGGUUGAUUUGCUGUGGUGACCCCUGAAGGGAAAAGCCGAAAGUCUACUAUAUUGGUGUAAUAGGACUGCAAAGGUGACUAUAGGGGUGUUAUUUCAUGUGUAGAGGGCACAUGAAACAGGUUUUCUAUGCACCCACUAUGAAAAUAUUACAUUUAUAAAUAAGCAAUCCAACUUUGUGGGAGUCCCAUCAUCACAGUAAGGUCUGGAACCAAUUAACCUCGGUAAACGAGGACAUUAUCAUCAAAGCUGACCAUUCCAUGGUUGUCAUUUUGAUGGACUUCUUGUAUUAGAAGUGUUUAGAAGGCGUACCUAAUGAAGUGGCCAUUGAGUAUGAACAGAGACCACAUCCGUGUGGAUUGUGGCCUUCAACCUGUCUAGGGUCCACUCAAGAACAGUGACAUCAGUUUGCUGGUAUGCCUGUGUGUGUGUGUGUGUGUGUGUGUGUGUGUGUGUGUGUGUCUAAGUGUGUAAUGCAUGCCUAUACAUCUGACACACACACACCCUCUUCUGUUCAGUAAUGGGAAGACAAAAUGCUUCCACUGGCUGCAAGUCAACAUCUUUUUACAAUCUAAGGCUUUUCAUUCCCAAGUCAUAAAGAGUACAACAACAGAUUGUCAGAUUGUCUCUUCAGCUUUGGUUAAAUUCCCUUUUUGCUGCUGCUGCUUUGAAGACGAGUGUUAUAAGAGUUUAUAGCGAGGACUGCAGUGCACUGGAGAAUUACUUCAACAUUUUAUUGCAGGAUAAAGCAAGACAUUGUCCACAUUGGAGAAAAAAGUCACUAUCAAAACAGGAAGUAAUGCCUUGAUUGACAGGUUAGCUAUCUGCGUAGGAUAUUCAUUAAAGUAUACUUAUUUUUUUUACACCAUAUAAUUUAAUGACAACAAAGUCUUAUGAUAGUAUGAAGAAAGUCUAUACAAUUAUUAUUAAUUAUAAAGGUAAAUGUUGAGCAAUGACUACCCUGUCAAAAUGUGCACUCGGGAACCACGUCCACACAGUGUACACAGUGUAAGUGUACUGCCGCAAGUAUUCCAUUUGAGGCAUGGCAUCUUUAUGGCACAUUCUGGAAGGCUUACUGUAACGUCUUCCGUGGGGGUGGGGGAGGCUCAUGAUGUUGGAAGUGUGCUCAUCCUCCUGGGAAGAAUCCCACUUCCAUGUCUCCUCCUAAAGGCGUCACUGCGGGGAUGAUUAGACAAUGGCUUCAUACACGCAUGACCUUUUCUCCUCUUGGAUGGAUCAUUCCCAUCAGUAGCCAAGUCCGAGCAUCCUGCCUGCAUUUGAUUCUUAGUAUGGGGUCCUUUUUUCAGCUCGAGUCCUCUCUGUAGUCA